AUGCUAAGCUGGUGCAGAGAAAUUGGAUAUCAGCCCGCCGACUUCAACGCGUUAAAUGCCAUCCAUAUCGCCGGCUCCAAAGGCAAAGGAUCUACGGCAGCCUUUGUCUUCUCGAUAUUGGCGGAAUACUUGACCGAUGAGGGUAACGCUUCCGACGAAACACCUGCCAAGCUUAGAAAAAUUGGUCUCUAUACAUCGCCGCAUCUGCGCAGCGUGCGGGAAAGGAUCAGAAUCCAAACGCCACAAACUAGCACAUUUGGAGAGACGCCUCUUGAUGAGACCAAAUUCUCCCAUUUCAUGUCGGAAAUAUGGGACCGACUGGGGAUGGACAACAGGUCACCAUCACAGAGUCCACCAUUUGCUAGAUUCCUCACACUGAUGGGCCUCCAUGCAUUUCUCCAGGAAGGAGUAGACACCGCAGUCAUCGAGGCCUGCCUUGAAGGAAGGUUCGACUCAACCAAUAUCCUCUGCCAGCCCAGUGUCUGCGCUAUCACCAGUCUCGGGCUUGAACAUACCGAUAUACUCGGUUCCACCAUCGAGGAAAUUGCAUGGGCCAAGGGCGGCAUUAUGAAACCUGGCGUUCCAGUGUUCACCACACCACAAGAGCCUGGAGCCUUGGCCACUCUGCGGGAACUGGCAAAGAAAGAAAAUGUAGGUCUGCGAGUGGUCACAAUACAUCCGGACUUAGAACACAUCAAUCUCGGUCUCGCGGGAGACUUUCAACGGAUCAAUGCUAGUCUAGCUAUAGCUGUAGCUGCGGAGCAUCUUUCUCGAUUGGGAUAUGAGAAUAUGCCAGAUAUUGAAACGUUAUUUCUGUCUCCGCUGCCUGAUAAAUUCCGCCGAGGUCUUGAACGGGCGCAAUGGCCGGGUCGUUGUGAGACACGGGACCAUCUUGAGAGUCGAUGGUUGCUCGACGGGGCACAUACCAUGGAAAGUAUUGAGGUUCUGGGUGCCUGGGCUGCCAAAAAGAUGGCAGAGGAGCCAAACGCUACGAGGGUCCUGAUAUUCAACAAGCAGACCAAAGAUGCUACUGCGCUUCUUGAUCAUCUCCACCAAAUCACAACUUCGGCAAUGUCGCAUUGGCUUAAUCCCAAAGAAGCGGUCUUUCAUCAUGUGAUUUUCUGUACCAACAUUACAUGGAAACAGCACGAUGCCCCCGAUGCUGAAAGGGUCUCCAUGACAUACUCCGGAGGCUCAGUGGAGGAUCUUAAAGCGCAGAAUGAUUUAGCGGCUCAUUGGAUGCAGAUCAGUGACGCAUCUUCAGCUGUCACUGUGGUACGAACAGUACAAGAGGCCAUUCGAUGCGCAGCUGAUAGUGGUGAUCCCGGCUUCUGUGGAAAUCAAGAGCAUAUCAACGCGACGGUGUUAAUAACUGGCAGCCUUCAUCUGGUGGGAAGUGCCCUGGAGGUUUUGGAUACGAUAACUUGA